AUGCCGCAGGCCGUCCCUUAUUUGAGGGCGCGCAUCGUCGCUGCGCCCUUCUUUUUGGCCGCCAUGGUUGGCAAUGGCGCGUUUAGGGGCUUUCAGGAUACCAAAACGCCUUUGUUUGUGGGUCUGCUUGCCAAUUGUCUCAACUUGAUUUUGUAUCCGUCACUGAUAUUCGGGUUGAAGAUGGGCAUUAAAGGGGCGGGUGUCGCCAUGGCCACGGGACAGACGUGCGCGGGUGUAGCGCUGCUGGCGCUGCUCGUCCGCACGAAGAAGCUCCGACUGAAGGAUCUGAGAAAGCUGCCGCGGCCAGGAGAAAUCUUUCCCUUGUUGCGCACGGGAUGCGUGCUGUCGAUAAGGACGCUGUCAAUCUUUUCGACGAUUUCGUACGCGACGGCCACGGCGGCGAGGCUAGGGACGGUGGAGGUGGCGGCGUUCGAGAUCGGGAGGCAGAUCUUCGCGCUGUUUGCGCGGCUGCUGGACGCUAUCUCGGUGGCGGCGCAGUCGUUGGUGGCGCUGGCGCUGGGGAAGGGCGACUACUCGCUCGCGCGGAGGACGGCAAACAGAAUAUUGCAGAUCGGCGUGGCGAUGGGGACUGGGUUUGUGGCGUUGCUUAUGUUGACGGUGAACAGCGCGCCAAACAUUUUUACGUCCAACCCGGCGGUGAGGCAGAUGGUGUCGACGACGUUUCCGUUUAUGGCGUUCGUGCAGCCAAUCAAUGGGCUAGUGUUUGUGUUCGACGGGAUCUACACGGCCGGGAGACGGUUCACGUCGCUGUCGGGGGCUAUCUUCAUCGCGGCGUGCACGGCGUCGUCGUUUUUGUACUUUGUAAGAGCCAACGUGAUGCCUUUGCAAUACGUGUGGGUCGGGCUGAAUAUCAUGAUGGUUUUGAGGGCGUCGCUGCUGGGGUUGGUGUACUUGACGAAAUGGUCGCCCGUACCAAGACCAAAGUAUCAGCCGAAGGGGGUCGGAAAUGGGGUUGCGUAG